UAAGUUGCGCGGUAACCCAUAAGUUCAGGAGGAUUGAUCUCGUAAAAAAAGAAGAGCGGCUGUUAGGACUAACGGAAACCAUCGUGCCUCAACUAUUAACUACAGAUUUAAAAAAUUUUCCUUAAAAAAUGUAAAGCAGAGAGUUUCUCAUGGUGUAUGUUCCAUGGAUUCUCUCUUUCAUUUUCUCUUCUCCCUCUACGCUUUCUUUUGAACUUUUGAAAACCUUUGUUUUCAGGAGUUUUUUUCUCCCUUUAUAUUGGAUUUUCUUUCGGGUGCUGAGAAAGGGGAUUUCUCUUGGUUUCUGGCUCUUAUUGAUUAUACUUGCAGAUCGUGUAUUGCUCUGUAUCCAUGUUAUCAGGCAAUGCCUAGUCGUUUGAUGAAAUAUAAAGUAACUAAGAGGGAUUUGGAAGAUAUUGAAAACAGAAACAUAGUUUUCGACAUUAGGACAUCAUAUUUAGACAGGAUUUUAGUGUUUUUUAAUAGCUUUCUGUCUGGUGAAAUAUUUUGUUACUACUUUUAAUCAUUUGAACAUAGAAAGAAAGAUAGUUUUUCAGUUGCUGUAGGAACAUUGUAGGAUUCUAAUUGAGAUUCAAAUAGGAAAAGAAACAAAGCAGGAUUCAACAUUUAAAAAAAAAAAAAUGUUUUGAGUAUAAAGAAAGGAGGGUUACUAGGGAAGGAGAAUGUCGGACUCGGAGGAGACACAGAUGUUUGAUACUUCUUCAAAUAGUGAAAAGAAUUCAUCAGCCUCUGCUCCUCCGCCAAAUGACUCAAGCUCUGACGAUAAUAAAAGCAGUUCUUUUUUAGCGAAUUUAGAGGAGUCCGGAGAUGAUUCACCACCAGCACCCCCACCAAGUUCUAAUUCAUCAAACUCUGCACCUCCUCCGGAUGAUUCUUCAAAUGAGCAACCACCUUCACCACCUUCACCACCUUCAGACGCUGAAUCACCUAUAACCUCACCACCCCCACCGUCGCCAGAUAAACAUCCACCACCUCCAACGACGCCGUCGCCACCAUUAGCGGAAAGUUCACCACAAUCAUCACCAUCAUCAUCCAAGUCAACUCCUAGCCCUCCUCCUAAGCAGCAAUCACCACCACCUCCUAGCCCUCUUAAGCAGCAAUCACCACCACCUCCUGGCCCUCCUAUGCAGCAAUCACAGCCACCUCCCAGCAGCCCUUCUCAGGAAUCAUCACAAUCUUCGCCAGAGAAGUCUCCUCCUCCUCCCUCUCCUUCUCCUCCUCCUCCUUCUCCUCCUCCUCCUCCUCCUACUCCUUCUGAUCCUCCUGACAAUUCCUCAGAAAGUAGUCCUUCACCACCGCCACCUUCUUCUGGAACGUCACAAUCACCACCUUCAGCAAACUCCACGUCAACAACUUCACAUGUAUUUUCACCUCCACCACCAGUAAAUGGAUCUACUUCAUCAUCAUCUGGUUUUUCUCCUCCAACACUAGUUCCUCGUGCCGCAAGCCCACCCAAUAGUCCCUUUAACUCAUCAAGCACUGGUGGAUCUUCACAUUCCGGAGGCUCUAAUAGUAACAGACAAAACAAUACCAAUGAUACGAAAAACCCUAGCUAUGAAGUUGUGAUCGGUGUGGCAGUGGCGGGUGUUUUUCUGAUUGCAUUCAUUGCCGUGUUUUUCUUUCUAAGGAGAAGAAAGAAGAGACGACCAAGUCCCUAUUCCAAUUACAUGCCGCCACCUGCUAACUUUUCAGGGACAUCAGAUGCAUACACGGGACAUUCGGCCCAAAAUGAUGCCGCCCAUUAUAAUUCUCAAAUUCAUGGCCAGCAAUCUGAUUUGGUAAACGUUUUUGGCAGUCAAGGAGGACAGAAUUACCGUGGUCCCGACUCGGAUAUUAAUAUUAUAGUUGGUUCUAAGGCAUUUUUCACCUAUGAAGAGUUGAUGGAAAUGACCAACGGAUUUUCUCGUCAGAACGUUAUUGGUGAGGGUGGGUUUGGAUGUGUUUAUAAGGGGUGGCUGCCAAAUGGGAGACUUGUGGCUGUUAAGCAGUUAAAGGCAGGUAGUGGACAAGGGGAUCGAGAAUUCCGGGCCGAAGUUGAGAUUAUUAGCCGUGUUCAUCAUAGACAUUUGGUCUCUUUGGUUGGAUAUUGUAUUGCUGAAAAUCAGAGAUUGCUAAUCUAUGAAUUUGUUCCAAAUAGCACUCUUGAACAUCAUUUACACGCUAAAGACCUGCCAGUGCUAGAAUGGGCCAAAAGAGUCAAGAUCGCUGUAGGAGCUGCCAAGGGUUUGGCAUAUUUACAUGAAGAUUGUCAUCCAAAAAUUAUUCACAGAGACAUUAAGUCAGCAAACAUUCUGUUGGACGAUGAUUUUGAAGCGCAGGUUGCAGACUUUGGACUUGCCAGACUUAACGACACUACUCAGACCCAUGUUUCAACUCGAGUAAUGGGGACAUUCGGGUACCUGGCACCAGAGUAUGCAUCAAGUGGAAAGCUGACGGAUAGAUCAGACGUUUACUCAUUCGGAGUUGUGCUUUUAGAACUUAUAACAGGGAGAAAACCAGUUGAUCCAACUCAGCCUUUGGGAGACGAGAGUUUGGUCGAAUGGGCACGACCACUCCUCAUUCAAGCCCUUGAAACUGGUGAUUUUGGUGAAUUAAUUGAUCCACGGGUAGAAAAGCGUUAUGUAGAGAGGGAGGUGUUAAGGAUGAUUGAGGCAGCUGCUGCAUGCGUUCGGCAUUCUGCUGCAAAGCGGCCUCGCAUGGCGCUGGUGGUAAGAGCAUUGGACUUCGAGGGAGAGUCUGAUCUUUCUAAUGGGGUGAAAUUCGGUCAGAGCACUGCUUAUGAUUCUGGCCAGUACAAUGAAGAAAUUAUAAAGUUCAGGAGGAUGGCACUUGGCAGUGACAUCAGCUCGGAAUUUGACAUGUAUAGUGGAGAACACAAUUCCAGGGAAGUAUCACGUGGACAGCGAAAUUCUUGUAAUUCCCGGUAUAGUUCGGGUGACUUCACGAGUGGCGAGUCAGAAACUAAACCCUUUAAAUCAAAUGGUAGCGAGUAUAGUGGCGCCUCAGGGAACUAUGGUGGUGGUCGCUUCAGAUAAAUGUCAAUUACCUGGGCUAUUGGCACAUUUGGAUUCAAAUGAAUUAUUGUCCAUAGCAUUCUUAUGUAAAUGUAUUGAUAAUUUCUUUAGUUCCCUUGAAUCAUCAAUUUUGAGUAUGGGGAAAGCUUGUAAAGAGUAAUUCUUAAUAUAGGUAACUAACUCGAUAUGGUUUCAGUUUUGAGUGAAUAA